AUGUCACUCGCUUUUGCACCACAAGAGGUUCGUCAGGGAGUUCCAGACCACCGUAGCACCGUCCAGGCCCUUUUGAACGAGAACGCCUCCCUAAUAAAAUCAAUCAGGGAUUAUCUCAGCAUGGAAGCUGCAAAAUAUCAGCAGCUUCUACACAGGAACCUCAUACAUCUUGCUCAGGCAGCUGACCAGUCUCUUCUACCGCAGUUGAGGUCAGAUGCUGGUCCACCUUCUGGGGCGCCAACGCCGGCUACCAUUUCGUAUCCUGUGCAACCUCAGCCGACCACACAGACGAUGAUGGCUCCAACAAUGAUGCAGGUUCAACCUUCAGUAGGCCCUGCGCCCACGUCACAACCCCAAAUGACUGUGCCAAUGGGACCUCCUCAAGGUUACGGUUAUCCUCCCCAAGGGAUCCCCACUGUACCUCAAAAUGUUGGUGCUCCACAAGUGAUGUCUGGUGGCUAUCCGUUACAAGGCUACGAACAGCAAGUAAUGUAUCAGCAACAAGCUCCUUCGCAACCACAGCAACAGUAUAUGCGAUAA